AUGCUCUCCACUUUAAGGCCAAACACCUCGUCCAUUCGCGGCUUGGGCCUGCGAUAUUUUGCAGCCAAAGAUGUUCGUCAUGGCGCCGGUGCCCGUGCUGCCAUGUUGAAGGGUGCUGAUCGACUGGCCGAUGCCGUGGCCGUGACCUUGGGCCCCAAGGGCCGCAACGUGGUCAUCGAGCAGAGCUUCGGUGCACCCAAGGUCACCAAGGAUGGUGUCACAGUCGCCAAAGCCAUCGAGUUCAAGAAUAAGCAGGACAACCUGGGCGCGGCCUUGAUCAAACAGGUGGCCUCCAAGACCAACGACGUGGCCGGGGACGGCACCACCACCUCCACCGUGCUGGCGCGCGCCAUCUUCCGUGAGGGAACCAAGGCCGUCGUGGCAGGAAUGAACCCCAUGGACCUGAAACGUGGCAUCGAUGCAGCUGUGAAGCUGGUCCUGGAGGAAUUGGAGAAGAUCUCCAAGCCCAUCUCCAACCCCUCCGAGAUUCAACAGGUAGCCACCAUCUCGGCGAAUGGUGAUGCUGGCAUCGGCAAGAUGGUGGCAGAUGCUUUCGAAAAAGUGGGGAAGCAAGGCACCAUCACAGUGGCUGAGGGGAAGACACUGGACCAUGAGCUCGAGAUUGUGGAGGGAAUGAAGAUCGACAGAGGAUACAUCUCACCAUACUUCAUCACAGACACCAAGGCGCAGAAAUGCGUGCUGUCCAAGCCAUUGGUUUUGAUUUACGACAAGAAGAUCUCGUCUGUCCAAAGCAUCCUGCCCAUUUUGGAGCAUGCAGCCAAAGCCCAGCGUCCACUGUUGAUCAUUGCAGAGGACGUGGAAAACGAGGCCCUGGCCACCAUGAUUGUCAACAAGCUGCGAGGAGGUUUGCAGCUUGCCGCCGUCAAGGCCCACCAGGGACCCAAUCCUGUCGGACUGUGA